AUGCCGACCUUCUUCCCUGAAUUGGAUCUGGACAACUUCGUGUACGAUGAGUCUGCUGAGGCCUGCUAUUUGGGCGACAUUGUGGCGUUUGGGACCGUCUUCCUGUCCAUCUUCUACUCCCUCGUCUUCGCCUUUGGCCUGGUGGGAAAUCUGUUGGUGGUACUGGCCCUCACUAACAGCCGGAAACCCAAGAGCAUCACUGACAUCUACCUCCUGAACCUGGCCUUGAGUGACCUGCUCUUCGUGGCCACCCUGCCUUUCUGGACUCACUAUGUCAUCAACGAGGAAGGCCUCCACAACGCCGUGUGCAAGCUCACCACCGCCUUCUUUUUCAUCGGCUUCUUUGGGGGUAUAUUCUUCAUUACUGUCAUCAGCGUCGAUAGGUACCUGGCCAUUGUCCUGGCUGCCAACUCCAUGAACAACCGAACAGUGCAGCAUGGUGUCACCAUCAGCUUGGGCGUCUGGGCGGCAGCCAUCUUGGUGGCGGCACCCCAGUUCAUGUUCACAAAGAGAAAGGGAAAUGAAUGUCUGGGUGACUACCCCCAAGUGCUGCAGGAGAUCUGGCCUGUGCUCCGCAACUCGGAAGCCAACCUCCUGGGCUUCUUGCUGCCGCUGCUCAUCAUGAGUUUUUGCUACUUUCGAAUCAUCCAGACGCUGUUUUCCUGCAAGAAUCACAAGAAGGCCAGAGCCAUCAAACUCAUCCUCGUGGUGGUGGUGGUCUUCUUCCUCUUCUGGACACCCUACAACAUCGUGAUUUUCAUGGAGACUCUCAAAUUCUACAACUUCUUCCCCAGCUGUGACAUGAAGAAGGACCUCAAGUUGGCUCUCAUUGUGACGGAGACAGUGGCGUUCAGCCACUGUUGCCUCAACCCCCUCAUCUACGCCUUUGCUGGGGAAAAGUUCAGGAGAUACCUGGGACACCUGUACAGGAAGUGCCUGGCUGUCCUGUGCGGCCGCUCCGUCCACGUCAACUUCACGCCCGAAUCUCAGAGAAGCAGGCAGGAGAGCAUCCUGAGCAGCUUCACUCAUUACACCAGCGACGGGGAGGGGUCCAUCCUGCUCUGA